AUGGCCGAUCACGAUGAACAUCCGCCCAUGAGGCGUCGCGCUCCGACCAUCACCAUUGAUACCACCGCUGUCAACCCUAAUAUCUCUACCGAACCGCCCCAAGAGUCACAUCCUUCCAACAUGCAAGACGACGCAGUCAGCCCUACAACAAUAUCCGACCCUGUAUCGACCAGCGGCAUGUCGCAACGACCUUCGAGACCCGAAUUGGACACAUCCUUGGCCUUCGAGAAUCGAGAUAGCAGACCAACAAGUCCUCAUAAUGUCUCGAGCCCAGUAACAUCAAGAUCAGGCGAACGCGGUGUGGGAUUCCUAUCUGUGCCUAUGAACCACCGAUCGCGACAAAACUCAGUCGACUCUGACGACAUGUCUCGAUCCGUUUCUUCCCAAGGCGAUACCACUGUUGUGGCCUCCAACUCGACACAGACAGAUACGCUGAAAGGCUCCGAAUACGACCACAAGAAGAUUACCAACGAUGAGAGCGCUUUGAAGCCAGAUGCAGGCACAGAGCAAGACUUCGAGGUGGAAAACAACCCCUUUGCCUUUACACCUGGCCAGAUGAACAAAAUGUUCAACCCCAAGAGUCUUCCGGCUUUUUAUAUGUUGGGUGGCAUUGAUGGUAUCGAGAAGGGUUUAAGAUCUGAUCGAAAAGCCGGAUUGAGUAUGGAUGAGAAGACUCUGACAGGCAAGGUCUCAUUCGAGGAUGCAACAUCUAAGAAGCAGAUGCCCCGCGAAGAUCAUGCUCCAGCGCAAACAGGCGCUGGUUUUGCCGACCGAUUACGUGUUUUCAAGGACAACAGGUUACCGGAGAAGAAAGGCAAGAGCCUUUUGGAGCUUAUGUGGAUUACCUAUAACGACAAGGUUUUGAUUCUGCUAUCGAUCGCUGCAGUAGUAAGUCUUGCAGUGGGCCUAUAUCAAACAUUUGGCCAAAAGCACGAGCCGGGUGAGCCCAAGGUCGAGUGGGUUGAAGGCGUUGCGAUUAUUGUCGCCAUCGCCAUCGUCGUCAUCGUCGGCUCUUUGAACGAUUACCAAAAGGAACGCCAAUUCACGAAACUGAACAAAAAGAAACAGGACCGUCUAGUCAAGGUGAUUCGAUCAGGAAAGACGAUAGAACUCUCUGUCUUCGACAUCUUGGCCGGCGAUGUGAUUCACAUUGAACCUGGUGACUUAGUACCAGUCGACGGAGUUCUGAUCGAGGGCUUCAAUGUCAAAUGUGACGAAUCUCAGGCCACAGGCGAAUCAGACAUUAUUAGAAAACAGGCUUCUGAGGUUGUCUACAAUGCCAUCGAGAACCAUGACGACCUCAAGAAGAUGGAUCCUUUCAUCCAGUCUGGCGCUCGCACCAUGGAAGGUGUUGGCACUUAUAUGGCUACCUCAGUUGGUGUUUACUCUUCAUACGGCAAAACUCUCAUGUCAUUGAACGAGGAUCCUGAGAUGACCCCCCUACAGGCGAAGCUGAAUGUCAUCGCUACCUACAUCGCCAAGCUCGGUAGUGCCGCUGGUCUCGUGCUCUUUAUUGCUCUCUUCAUCAAGUUCCUUGCUGGACUACCGGCUUCUAAUGAUACACCCGCUGAAAAAGGACAGCAAUUCCUCAACAUCUUCAUUGUUGUCGUUACUAUUAUUGUGGUUGCUGUUCCUGAAGGAUUACCUCUUGCUGUUACCCUGGCUUUGGCUUUUGCGACAACCCGAAUGCUUCGGGAUGCCAACCUUGUGCGACACCUCAAGGCAUGUGAAGUCAUGGGAAAUGCCUCUACUAUUUGCUCUGACAAGACUGGCACUUUGACUCAAAACAAGAUGCAGGUUGUGUCGGGAACUAUUGGAACAAGUCUCCGUUUUGGUGGCUCAUCCUCAGGUGAUGCCAGCGGCGCCUCUACCCCAGUGGAUACUAGUGGUGAUAUUGGUAUUUCCGAGUUUGCCAGCAUGCUCAGCAAACCUACGAAGGAACUUCUCCUCAAGUCUAUUGCACUCAACUCCACCGCUUUCGAAGGAGAGGUAGACGGAGAAAAGACAUUCAUUGGUUCCAAGACUGAGACUGCCCUACUCAUUCUCGCCAAGUCUCAUCUUGGCAUGGAUCCUGUGAGCGAGGAGCGUGAAAACGCCAAGGUUUUGCAGCUCAUUCCUUUCGACUCUGGCCGCAAGUGCAUGGGUAUUGUUACUCAGGGUCCAAACGGUAGUGCACGUCUCUACAUCAAGGGUGCCUCCGAAAUCAUCCUCUCCAAGUGUACUCAAGUACUUGGUGACCCAGCCAAUGACGACUCUCUUGCUCCUAUGUCCGAUGAUAAUGUCAGCACUGUUCAGCAGCUCAUCGAGAGCUAUGCCAAAAGGUCACUCCGAACCAUCGGCAUCUGCUACAAGGACUUCUCCUCAUGGCCACCCAAGAAUGUUGGCCGUGUCGAUGGCGGCAAUGAAGUUGUCUUUGAUGACAUUUUCUCGGACAUGGCUUUUAUUGGCGUCGUCGGCAUCCAAGAUCCUCUUCGAGAAGGUGUCCCAGAAGCUGUCAAGCUCUGCCAGCAGGCUGGUGUUGUCGUUCGCAUGGUUACCGGUGACAACAAAAUCACAGCCGAGGCCAUUGCAAAGGAGUGCGGCAUCAUUCAGCCUAACUCUAUUGUUAUGGAGGGACCUGAGUUCCGCAACCUUUCUAAGCUGGAGCAAGAGGAGAUUAUCCCCCGCUUGCAUGUUUUGGCACGCUCAUCCCCCGAAGACAAGCGUAUCCUUGUGAAGAGACUCAAGGACAAGAACGAGACAGUGGCUGUUACCGGUGACGGUACCAAUGACGCCCCUGCUCUCAAGAUGGCCGACGUUGGCUUCUCCAUGGGUAUCUCUGGUACCGAGGUCGCCAAGGAAGCUUCAGCCAUUAUUUUGAUGGAUGACAACUUCACCAGCAUUGUCAAAGCUCUGAAGUGGGGUCGUGCAGUCAAUGAUGCAGUCAAGCGAUUCCUUCAGUUCCAGCUCACUGUCAACAUCACUGCCGUCAUCCUCACAUUCGUUACAGCUGUCUCUAAUAACGAAGAGUCGUCUGUGCUGACCGCCGUGCAACUGCUCUGGGUCAACCUCAUCAUGGAUACACUUGCUGCCCUCGCCCUUGCCACCGAUCCUCCCCACGACAGUGUUCUGGACCGAAAGCCCGAGGCCAAGGGAUCCAGUAUUAUAUCUGUCACCAUGUGGAAGAUGAUUCUUGGUCAGUCUAUUUAUCAACUUGCCAUUACCUUUGUCCUCUACUACUACGGCCCAAUUGUGCCACUAAGCCCGGCACCGGAUAAAGAGGAAAUCAAGACGCUGGUUUUCAAUACUUUUGUCUGGAUGCAGAUUUUCAACCAAUGGAAUAACCGUCGUCUGGACAACAAGUUCAACAUCUUCGAAGGCCUUACCAAGAACUGGUUCUUUAUCGGCAUCAGUGCUAUCAUGUGUGGUGGCCAGAUCCUGAUCAUUUUCGUUGGUGGCGAAGCCUUCCAGAUUGCGAAGAAGAAGCAGAGUGGCGAGCUCUGGGCCAUGGCCAUCGUUCUUGGCUUUCUCUCUAUCCCAGUCGGCGUCAUCAUUCGCCUCAUUCCUGACCAUUUCCUUGAGGCUUUGGUUCCCGAGUUCCUUAAGCAACGUGCUAAGAACGUGCCUGGUCUUACAGUAUCCGAUGAGGAGAUGAGCAUGUACCCCGAGCCGUUGGCGGAUGUCCGCGACGAGCUCAACUUCAUACGGCGCAUGAAGGGUGGGCGAUUGAACAACCUCAAAUUUGCAAUCCAGCAUCCCAAGGAGGCGGUUGAGAUGGUCAGGUCUAGAAGUCCGUCUCAUUCUCGAUCCAACUCUCUCAACGCACCGCAAACGCCAAUCCAGGAGAAUCCAUUUGACGGGUCGCCGAUUGGGACACCAAACUCAGGCAGGAGGCCUAGAUCGACAAGGUCACGGUCUAAUUCUGCGCUGGGAGCUCCUACGGUGAUGGCAGGUAUCGUGGCAGCAGGUGUAGCGGCGGGCUGGCAGCCAAAGAUGCGGCCAGACAAUGACGGAGAUCACAGUGACUCACCGAGGUAG